CACAUGGUGCAGGAUCUUUCCACCCCUACACUCCAAAAACCCAAUCAGACAAGUGGCCGUAAUCUGAUUCCCAGUGUGCUGGGAGCAGCGGGCAGGCAAUGAGAGCUGCACUCUGGCUGGGGACGGCAUGAGUGAUAGACCCGCAGCAAGGCGGUGGGGUAAGUGUGGACCUUUGUGUAGAAGAGAGAACAUCAUGGUGGCUUUCAGAGGAGUCUGGACUCAAGCUUUCUGGAAAGCGGUCACAGCGGAAUUUCUGGCCAUGCUAAUUUUUGUUCUCCUCAGCCUGGGCUCCACCAUCAACUGGGGAGGGAAGGAAAAGCCGCUCCCUGUCGACAUGGUUCUCAUCUCCCUCUGCUUUGGACUGAGCAUCGCGACCAUGGUGCAGUGCUUCGGCCACAUCAGCGGUGGCCAUAUCAACCCUGCAGUGACCGUGGCCAUGGUGUGCACGCGCAAGAUCAGCAUCUCCAAGUCUGUCUUCUACAUCGUGGCCCAGUGCCUGGGAGCCAUCCUCGGAGCAGGGAUUCUCUACCUGGUCACUCCUCCCAGCGUUGUGGGAGGUUUGGGGGUCACCACGGUUCAUGGAAAUCUUACUGCUGGUCACGGUCUCCUGGUGGAGUUGAUAAUCACAUUUCAGCUAGUGUUUACUAUUUUUGCCAGCUGUGAUCCCAAACGGACUGAUGUCACUGGUUCAAUAGCUUUAGCAAUUGGAUUUUCUGUAGCAAUUGGACAUUUAUUUGCAAUAAAUUACACUGGUGCCAGCAUGAAUCCUGCCCGAUCCUUUGGACCAGCAGUUAUCAUGGGAAAUUGGGAAAACCAUUGGAUAUAUUGGGUUGGACCAAUCAUAGGUGCUGUCCUUGCUGGUGGCCUCUAUGAGUAUGUCUUCUGUCCAGACGUGGAAUUCAAACGCCGUCUUAAAGAAGCCUUCAGCAAAGCUGCCCAGCAAACCAAAGGGAGCUACAUGGAGGUGGAGGACAACAGGAGUCAGGUAGAGACGGAUGACUUGAUUCUGAAACCUGGAGUGGUGCACGUGAUUGACAUUGACCGGGGAGAGGAGAAGAAGGGGAAGGAACAGUCUGGAGAGGUGUUGUCUUCAGUAUGACUAGAAGACAGCACUGAGAGCAGACGAGACCCCCUAGAACUGUCCUCAGAUUUCUUUCCACCCAUUAAGGAAACAGAUUUGUUAUAAACUAGACACGUGCAGGUUUGUUUUUUCAUGUCAUAUUACUCAGUCUAAACUAUAAACAUUUUAUUAUUUACCAAGGAGGAAAGGAAAAACCCUAUUGUGAAUUUCAAAUCUAAACAAAAAAAAAAAAAAAAGAAAGAAAGAAAUCUUUUUGAAGUAUUUCCAAAGUGAUUUAUCUAGUUGCCUUUUGUUAACAACAAAUGUAAAAUGUGUAUCAGGAUUUGGAUAAGUCCUGCCUGACAGAAUUUACAGAUACACCUAUCAGUUUAUUCCUCCUCUCUAAGGAAAUAGGUAUUGUCAACACUGAUUUGAAUAUUUAUUCCAUCAAAUUGAGUUUAACAAUGACAAGAUACAGUACAUCCCAGAGUCAGGCACAUUCAGGAGGGGAAAUAGAACAUGUUCCUGUGUGGACAAUCCCGUAUUUAUAAACUACCUCUGCAAAAGAAUAUAAAGAAGGGUCACUGUCAUUUAUUUCCAUUUAUAUUGCAAAUUCCCAAGUUUCAUCCCCUCAUCCAAUUCAUAAUUUCUUUCCUCCUCCUCAGUGUGAUGUGGGACUAAAUCCCAGAAAUUUGGAAGAGUAUUCAAUAAAUCUGUACAUGUAUUAUUUUUACCUAAUAAAACAUUCAAACCGUAAAGGACACCUGUUAAGAUUCAGGACAAGCUGACUCGUAAAAUCUUAUGAGGGUGGGGGAAGAGUACAAUCAAGCAAAAAUCACCAAGGCAAAGGAAAUCUGCAUUAUGGUAUCAAGUGGUCAAUCUGCUUUCAGCACACAUCCUCCAAUGCACCAUCCGAGAGGUUAGCAAUCUAUGCUUUUAACCCCUUAACCACUUUGCUUUUUAUCUUUUUAAUUUAUUGGUGAAACUGGGGGUUUUGUUUGUUUGUAACAUUGGUUAUCUAUAUUUAAACAUUAUCUGAGACAUAUUUUGAUAACGAGAAUUUAAUUUAACUGGCUUUUUGUUGACUAAUAAGCUCUGUUCACCCUGUAAGUGUAAACUGGUCAGGUCCUAUCGUAAUCUCUGCUGUGCUCUCACUUCUCAUGAUGUUUGUUGAUCAUCUUCACUGUAAGUAUGAUGAGAUUUGAGUGAAUUAAAAUGCAUAACAAGCAAGGUAUGGCUUGGUUGCAGAAUAAAAGGGUGAGGUUAUCAGCACACUCUAUGCUCAAAGCUGACUUGAUGACCAGUCUUUCAUUCAUAGACACAUUGUAUAUAACCCAACGUGCUUUUAAAGUAUUUUUGUUAUUGACUCAUUUAUUUCUCACAAUGAUCUGUUUUUCCCGUUCUACUUUGCCUUUUGUCCAUAGUGUUCUCCAGAAACCCCAGUUUCUGUCAUCUUAACUGUCUAGCCUUUAUCUUAGACAAAGAGCUACAAAUGUCAAUUUCGAUGAACAAAAGCAAGUAGGAAUAAAGCAAAAACCUAUCCCUGCAAGGAGUGGCUUGUAAACAGCUGAUGAUCAAGGGCUUUCUCCUCCCAAGCACAGUUCCAACUCUAUGUCCCUUUUUAGUGUUAAUGGCAGUUGUGUGUCUGUUGCAGUGAGAUAAUGGACAACUAUUAAACCUGAUUUUCUUCGGUGGUAGGGAAGAGUGAUGUGUGGGAUUCCCAGCGAGUCAUCACACCAGUGUCAUGCCUGGGAGUGUCACUGGUGUAUUUCGUAGCAGGUGCCUAAAACCCAGGCCCCUUUAUCAGGAGCCACGGCCAUACCACACACGACACCAGUGACCCGUGGUUCCUUCUUGGCUGGGACAGCACCUAUAGAAACUAGGUGCAAAUCUCCCAAGGGUAGUGCCUGUCAUUUCAAAUGUUUGUACAACAUAACCACAAAAGGCUUAAAAUCAGGGGCGGUUCAGUUCAAAAGGUAAUCUCAAUCACUGGCAAACAUAUCAGCUCAAAAAUAAGUUUAGUUAACAAGGAAGUGCUGAACAGAUUUCCUGAAAACACUUAUCAUAACCUGGCUUAUAAUCAGUUUUAUUCUGUCAUAUGGUUUACUUCAUAUGCACACACUUUUACUCUCACUUCCAAUUAUAGCAUUCUAUAAGGUAGGGUUAAAAAAACAAAUGAAUGAUGUUUUUGUAAUUUGUUCUCUAGUGGCUAGCAGAGUGUCUGGCAUAUAAUAGGUGUGCAAAACAAGUGUGUUAAUAAAAGCAUAAUAGAUCUUAAAUUUGGGAUUUAAGAAUAUAAAUAAUUUUUGUUUAAUCUUUAUUUUGCUCAGUAUUUAAGAAAAGCAUGAUUUCAAGGACUUCUAAAGGAAGGAAAAAUAAAUGGGCAAAUCAUAAAAUAGAUUUUUGGAUUCUACUAUUUUUAGGGGCAUGAAUGAAAGCUUUAGUACUUUUUUCCCCUGCAUGGGAGACAACAUAUUUUGUAUUUCACUCAAGGCUCUGCCAGUAAAAAGUAAUGAAAUUGUACCUUUCUAAUGACAUCUAUGCAGCAGGGGUCUAUUGCCUUGUGGAUGGCACCAAAUUAUCCAAGUGUAUUAGGAGACUGGGGCUUUUUCCUUUAAUCCUUUCUUAUUAAUGAAGUGCAUGGUGCUGCUCCCAGGAGACUGCUGCUGACAGACACACAGAGAAGAGAUCAGAGAGGAAAAACUGGGAAGACAUAAAUGAAUUAUACCCCGCCAUGAAACAAUGCCAACUGUCUCUCCCCUAAGGAACAGUACAACAGCCAUCCCCAAAUUAUAAGGUGGUACUGACACCGAAAACGCGCAGAGCUUGUCAAAAGAAGAGUACAGAUGACAAAGCGACAUAUUUUAAGUCUCCUGGUUUUCUUAUAAACUUGGAGCCCAGAAUUUGAAUGUGGUUUCCAUUGUUGAAGAUGACGUUUUCUUCAAAGAGUCCUAACCUUUGGCGCUGGAAGGAAGCACUUCUAGGCCUAGAUAGUUGCCUAAAUUUAAGAUUCCUUCAGUUUGUUUCUGUUGUUUGAAUCUUUUUAUAAAUUCUUCUACUUGUUCUAUUAUCUGAGACUUUUCCUAACGGAGCUCAUAGGUACUAGGCAGAGCGGCUGCUCAGGGCUGAAGAUUUUACCUGGAGAUGAGAAAUAUUUGGAAAACAUAUGUGAUAAAAUUCAGCUACCAGAUUUAUUGGAGCUCUGAUUCCAAAUAGCACAGAAUAUUCUUCUCAGGCCUUGAAACCAGACGGCACGUGUAUUGGUUUAAACUCAAUAAUGGCAGGAAAAUCCCAAAAUAGAAUAGGAAAUUCAAACGUUAAAAUUAGGCCUGGCAAGUCCCUUUGUUCCAGCGUGUUGACGCCAUCCCCACAUGUUAUGAAUGUUUGACAAAGAAAUUGUCUUUGUGACAACUGAAGAUGACAGGGUGAGCCGAAUAGGCCACCUUAUCACGCAACACAAAAGCCAACAUGAAUUCUCGUCAUAAGCACCAUCGGAUAUGCAAAUGCAGAGCAUUUUGUACCCAAAAGUAAUUCUGCCUUUCCUAAUGUAUUUAUGGCAUGGAAAUUACUAGAAGACAUGGUUGCUAUCUGCAAAGUGUAAUGUAACAAAACUCAUUUUCUUAGCCACUAAUUUUGUGAGUUCACAUUUGUGUGUUGGUACUAUACAGAUUGCUCUAAAAACAGCAGCAACUUUUGAAACCCAUAAUUCUCUGAAAUAAAUGAAAAACAUUUAAUUCAGGGAUGAAAAACUCUGGGCACUCACUUUUGCAAAUGGCUAUAAUGGGUGAAAAUACAUACAUAUCAAAAAAAGUUAUACAACAUGUACAAUGAGCACUAAAUUUAAGAGCAGUUAUGAAGUUAUUCAAUCAUGUUCAAAAUCAAAGAGCUAAAAGAUACUCUUAUUAAUAAUUUACAUCUCAUCGGAAAUGUAUUUCUAAAUUUUCUUCAGGAUUUAUUAAAUAAACAUGCAAUUUAUGAAAAUAUAUAAACAACUAUUUCUCAUUUUUAUCACCCAAAUCACAAUAAAACUGUAAUUCAGAAUAAACUGGGGAAAAUAAACUGAACAUAUGGUUGUAUUCACAUUAUUUAUUAACUGAAAUGUUGCUCCAACAUUAGAGCUUAAUGUUGAAGAGAUUUUAAACUGUACUGUCUAAUAUUUGAAAUAAUCUUUUAAAGUAUUAGCACUGUGGUUGACUUCCUUGAAUUCUGUUGCGUCUCAUACUACUAAGCUUGUGCAAAUAAACUUUUGAAUGUUUUAAAAG